AUGUGUGCCAUGGGUGGAGAGAUGCAGCCCUGGGUAACUUGUGCCGCGAAGUAUACUGGUGCACUGUUGCCAAUUUCUAUGGCUGCCAACGUUACAAAGGAGAGCAUUCGCUCGAACGAUGGAGAUUAUAUGUCACCCCUAAAAUACGGGACAUUCUAUCUUCAUAGGGCUUCAAGGGAUACUCCUUUCUGGGGCGCUACUGGUUUGCUGAGGAUGUCGCACUUCGAGAAUCUGGCUCCUCCUGGAGUUACUAGUCUUGAGCUUUUUAUUGACGACACUCGCGGUUCAAAGGUGUAUGUGCAGUACAAAAAUAUGGCCCGUGCACAGCUGUUCUACAAUGAGAUCAAAUGCAUCUUUUCAGAUGCUCAGGAGGUCCAAGUAUUCUAUGACGGUGAAGAUUCGUCACACGCAGGCUAUGAAUUUUGGCAUCGGCUGUCCACUGGCUUGCUUCUAUGGAAGCCAUUGAUUGAUUUUCAUAGAGCCCACUUCAAUCCAAACUUUGGGCACUUCGCUGAACCUGCUAAACUCUGUCGGCCUGCAAUGAUAGAAUUGAUUCACCGAAAUUCAGAGACAUUGGAACAGCUUGAUAUAAAAGAAGGGAAACUAGCCAACUUUCCCGGGUUCCUCGUUCGGGAUAAUGGUGAGCCGGCUGUACAUUCAUGCGUGAAGUUGCUGGAUCUGGAGUUGCAUGUACUAUCGGGAGGCUGUGGCGAGAAGAAGCUGAUUCACCCUUGCCUAGAUGGUGUGCCAUUUCCAGCUCUCCAUCACUCUGUGUGCAUGAAUGGACACUCAUAUGGCAAUGACACCAUCCUCAAAGGAAGUACAAGUAUAAUGGAGUAUCUCUGUAUACCAGCCCUAUCAGUGAUAACUGACGUACUCGUCCAGAAUGGUGUAGCUGCUGCUGGCCAUUUUCCUGCAUUGAGAGUUGUGGAGGUUAUGUCAAGUGAUGAUAUAGCGCCCAAUAAUCAGUGCUAUUUUUCGGACAUGGACAAGGACAGCUGUGAUGAUGAAUACGGUGGAUAUGUUUUGGAUCUAUGGUUAGCACAGCUGUUAAUAAGUCUAGAGGGCACCAGGAGUGUGAAACGAAAUGCCUCGUUGAUAGAUGAGGAUCCAAAAAAAUUAACAUGUCAGUCCCCGGGAGACAUCUUCGGAUCACCGCUUUGGCUUAUCCCCAGAGAUGGCUGGGGAUACUACGCGUUGAAAUUUGGGAGAGACGUGUUGAAGUAUACAACAGGUGCACUGGAUUCAGAUGGCGAGCCAGAUGAGGCUGUCUCAGAUACCUCAGACGAUGAAGAGUCAGACGAUGAAGACCUUGACAUGGCUGAAUUAUGCCCUCUUGGUGGUCCAUGUAUAUCGGAUAUGCCGGAUGCAUUGUAUACGCUAUAAAGUCUCCUUAGUAAAACAUGCUUCCGUCAUAAUUUCAAAUUGAUCCUAUGGUCAUUCCGCAUCAGGAUUUUAUGCGAGCGACAUGCUGAGGGCGAUUGGCAGUGUGCAGUAGGGUGGUGACAAAAGCUGGGAGCAACAAAGACCCUACCAAAAGGC